AUGCUGCCCCGCGGCCGCGCCCCCAGAGGCCGCCGCCGGUGCCGAGCACCGCCACCCCCGGCCUCCUCCGUGCCUCUCCUCUCCCUCGCGCGAUGCCCGCCUAGAGCCGCGGCCUCGCCUCGUCGCCGACCCGACUCCGUCGCCGGCGCUCCCCGUCCCCGUCGCUCGUCUCCGACCUCCUCCCCACCGGACCACGUCGAGACUCGCCGCCCCGCUCCUCUUCAAACACCGGUGAGGGCAUCGCCCUCCCCCUUCCCUGCCUCCGCUCCGCAGCCCCAUUGCCCGUCGUUGCCUCGCUACGCGUCGUCGCCUGACCCGUGCCGCAUCCGUCCCGUCGCGCCGCGCCUCCUGUCGCCGGCCCCGCACGCUGACCGCCUCGCCGCGCCACCGCGACCGCUCGCCGCCCCUACUCCCCUCUUCUUAUCUGCUCCGCCGCGCCGCCUCGCUCCCACCGGCCGCAAGCCACCGGAGCCCUCAGACCGCACGGCCCCUCCUGCCUCCCCCCACGGCGCUCACCUCCGCCCCGUCUCUGCCUUGCGGUCGAGCACGCCCCGCCCCGUACCCCGUGCGCUCCAGGUCCGGCCGUGCUCGCACACCCCCCUGCUCGCCGACCACGUCGGCCAGCCCUGCGUGCAGCCGCUGCUGUCGUACGCUGCUCCGCCACUGGCCCCACGCGGCCCCGCUGCUCCCCGCGCCCGGCACCGCUCCCACCGUCGCCGGCCACCGAGACCCCGGGCGCACUCGCCCUCACCUCCCUUGGCCUCGGGUGCGAGCACCCGUUCGCCCAUCGCCCGCUUUCCCCGCGCCCGUUCGGGCGGCGCCCGUUGCCCGACCCGCUGUGGUCCUUUGGCCCAAUGA